GAUGGAGAAAAUUCGGAUGACGAUGAUUAUUCAGCCAGUGCUAAUGCCAUCAUACAAAGAACAGCAUCUACGCGAAAAUCUAAACGAAAACCUAGAAGAUCCAGUUCACCUUUUACACCAGAUAUCCUACCUAACGCAGAGGGUGCUGCAAGAAGAGCUUCAGUGUUUACCAAUUCAUCGGGAGAUACUGCUAUUACAAUGGAUGAAAACAUAGCAGCUGAAGCGACACAGGAAGAAAUAUUUGAAAAUAUUAAAUUGCAUAAAGAAGUGCUCAGUAAUGUAAGAAUGCAACCUUGGAACAUGAGAAAAAAGUUGAAGUUGGUUAUCCAGGCUAAAGCAUAUAUCAAGAAACAUGAAGGAGUCCUACAAGAGCGUUUAGCUCAAAGUCGAUCUACUAAAGAUUGGUUAGCAAGAUGGCGUAUUCUAUUAAUAAAGAGAUGGCACAAAUUCAGAAGAGAGAUGCAAAAUUUUUCCAUGUGGUUUAUUCCAUGGGAGUUAAAAAUAAAAGAAAUAGAAUCCCAUUUUGGGUCUGUUGUUGCUUCGUAUUUUACAUUUCUACGAUGGUUAUUUUGGGUAAACGUUGUUGUUUCCAUUGUUUUAAUUUCUUUCGUAACAAUUCCAGAGCUAUUAAUAGCUGAUCCACUUAAAGCAAAGGAUAGAAAAAUUGUAUUGGAGGAGGAAAAAUAUAACGCAACAGAUUUUAUGACCCUAUGGAAAUUCGACGGGAUUUUGAAAUAUACUCCACUGUUUUAUGGAUGGUAUUCAGACAGUUCCUCGGGUGGAUACAAGAUGCCUAUAGCAUAUUUUGUUACGGGAUUGGCAGUUUAUGGUUACAGUUUCUUUGCUACAUUGAGAAAAAUGGCUGAAAAUUCCCGUGUGUCGAAAUUAUCAGAAAAAGAUGACGAAUGUGUAUUCACAUGGAAGGUUUUCACAGCAUGGGAUUAUAUGAUCGCUAAUGCCGAAACUGCACAUAAUAGAGUAGCCGCUAUUGUAAUGGGCUUUAAAGAAGCUUUAUUGGAAGAGGCUGAAAAGAAGAAGGUAACAGAAACAUGGAGAGUGGUAUCUAUACGAGUCAUGGUAAAUGUAAUUGUUAUUGCCCUACUUGCACUAUCCAUGUACAUUGUAGUAUUGGUGGUGAAAAGGUCUACAGAGCCAGAAGCAGAAAGUUCCUUUUGGAGAAAAAACGAAAUACCGGUUGUUAUAUCGGCUUUGACUUUUAUUUUUCCUAUAUUUUUUGAGGUGCUAGGUAUUUUUGAACAAUAUCAUCCACGGAAACAAUUAAGAUUGCAACUGGGCAGGAUUAUGGUGCUUAAUUUGGUGAACCUGUAUUCGCUAAUAUUCGCAUUGAUUGCCAAAAUAGGCGAUAUGACUGAAGAACUACAAAGCUUUAGAAAGUUAAAUAAACUACUAAAUGAAACCUUAGCAGCUUCCACUCAAGCUUCAACUGCAGAUUUUUGGCAAACGGAAUGCGACUACAAGUGUAUAGAUUAUUCCGGUAUGGAGCUUUAUUCUGAUAAUCUGGUUGUGGAGUUGGUAUCAAAUAUAUCUACAUACAUGCUCAAUAACAUUACCAGAUUUGUCAAUGAGUCCUCACUAGAAAUGACUUUUCUAAACAAUUCUUUAAUCAGUUUUCUCACGGAGACAGUAAAAGAAAAUGUUAUGCCCUCUGUUAAUGUCACUACUGAAAAUAUUACUAUUUUUAAUUAUCAAGAUUUAAAUUAUACGGAUUUAGAAUAUAAGUUUGUGGACUACCUCACUUAUAUUCUUGAUUCUGUGGGUGAUUACGAUAAUCUUACAACAGUUUAUCCAAACGACACUUUAGAUAAUAACUCUUCAACACCUUAUUGGGAAUACAUUACUUCUACUAUCCUUCCUCUUUUUACAAAUGGCACCGAUCUCACUGAAGCAAUCAGGUUUGAUUACGAAACCACGCCUUUCUCUUCUACUUCCAUAGCACUACCAGAAUCGACUACUGAGAUAUUAAAUUGUACUAAAGAAUGUAGAGAAGUAUAUGCACCAAAAAAUACAGAUAAUCUUGAACAUGGACUGAACUAUACUAUGAAAGCAAGAUUUAGAAGCUUAUGUUGGGAAACAAUGUUUGGUCAAGAAUUAAUUGGCAUUACAGUAUGGGACCUAAUAAUGACUAUAGUACCAUCAUUGGGAAUGGAUUUUUUUAGAGGAAUCUUUGUAAGAGUAAUGAACAGAUGCUGGUGUUGGGACUUGGAAAAGAAAUUUCCGAAAUAUGGAGACUUUAAGGUUGCAGAAAAUAUUUUAUCUUUAGUAAAUAACCAAGGAAUGGUGUGGAUGGGAAUGUUUUUCUGUCCUGGUUUAGUUUUGGUUAAUGUUGUGAAAUUAUAUAUAACAAUGUAUUUUAAAGCAUGGGCUGUUAUGACCUGUAACGUGCCACCUGAAGUCAUUUUUAGAGCAUCAAGAUCAAACAAUUUUUACUACGCUUUAUUGUUAAGCAUGCUCUUCUUGUGUGUUUUACCAGUUGGUUAUACGAUUGUAUGGAUAAAGCCAUCCUGGCACUGCGGCCCAUUCUCAAAAUAUCAACGCAUAUCAUAUAUAUUUACUGAAACCAUUAAAGAAAAUGUACCAGACGUUGUUCAAAGAGCUUUGGAUUAUAUUACUUCGGCAGGAAUUGUGAUACCAUUAUUAGUACUUCUGGUUUUGAUAAUUUAUUAUUUGAUGUCACUCACCAAUUCGCUAAGAGAAGCUAAUGACGACUUAAAGAUUCAACUGCGUCGUGAAAGAACUGAAGAAAGGAGAAAAAUGUUUCAACUGGCGGAUAGAAGACGAAGAGGAGGAUCUGGCGAGUCUAAUGAAAUAUCAACUGCUCCGUCUAAUAAAUGGAAAAGACUUCUAGAGAAUCUUCCUUCUGGUAAAAGUUUAGAUGAAACGCCUAAACAAGAAAGCGAUGAUCAAAAAGAUGAACGUGUCGAUAAUAAAAGUAAAGAUUUCUUUUCCAAACUGAUUAAACGAGCAUUAAGGAAAUCUUCUACCUCUGAAGACGCGGAAGAUGGCACCGAUACUGAACAACACGAUUCUCUACCGUAUGAUACAGUAGUAAAGCAUCCGCCAAAACCUAUUAAACCAUCAUUUUCGUGGGGAAGCACAGAUUUCCAAAAUGUGGCACUACGUGCUCUACAAUUGAAGAAACAUAAACCUGAGAUACCAAUACAUUUAAAUGAAACUAAACAGGAACAAAAGCAUGUUCAUAUUAAUGAAAAGCCAGUUGUUAGUGUAAAAACAAUCGAUCCGUAUAAACCUUCUAGCAUUUACAAUGAACCGUCUACAUCAAGAGGUUUUACAAGAACCAACAGAAGUUUUAGAGAUUUAAUUUCUCAUAUUAAAGAAGAGCCAGCAAAAACUACUAAAGAAAUAUCAAUUACUAAUAAAGACAUUAAACCACCUGAUCCAGUACCUGAGUCAAGUAAAAAAGAUUUUAAUUCUAAAACUACAAGACAGGAUUCUGAGUCAUCCAAUUGGUCUGACGGUAUUCCAGUAAUAACAAUAAGUAAAACUGAUAGUGACGAAAAUAUGUUAAAAGUCAUUGAGAAGCCUCCAAUCGAUAAAAGUGUUUCUAAUACUGAUAACAGUAGUAUGGUAUUUAGGCCUAAAGUUAGAUGUGUUCUUAAGAAACAAUCAACGGAGAUUGAUGAAGAUACGAUUAGGUAUUUUAAUAACGAUAUAGAGAAAAAUAUAUCUAUGGAAAAUGUAAUAAAAGCAGUAGCUGAGGAAGACAUAGAAUUAGAAAGCCUUACUGUAGAUACUCAGCAGGAAGAUGAUAAAAAUGAAGAAGUUUUAACUGAUAAAUCAUCUUCUGACACUGAACCUAAAGAAAGCAGCACCGAUACUGUUUUGCAGUCGCCAUUAGAUAAAGACGAGUAGUAGUAGCAGACAAUAUUAAUAAAUACUUUGAUAAAUAGUAAAUGUUUAUAUUUAAAAAUGACAUAAAUGUAUUAAAUAAUGAUAAAUCUUU